GGAGGGGCAUUGCUCUUUGACCAGUAAGGGCUGUGCUAAGUUCAGGGUGGGGUGCUGCUCCUGCACUUAUUACCCAGAGACCUGGUUCCUGUGCCAGACCGGUAUGUCGUUUUUGGCCCACGCUAGAGAAUGUUAAGGGUUUCUGCUGUGGGCUGGUGCUAGAGGCGCCGCGAACAGGUGCUGCGGGGGCGGUGCGGGAGGCGGUGCCCUCGCUUCCGGAUCAGGUCUCAGCUCCUGGAGAAAGCGGGAGAUGCUGCAGGCUCCGAGAGGGCGGGCCGGGGCCGCACUCUGGAGACGCGCAGUUGCUGUGCGCACCAUGGCUAGAGGUACCUGUGGGGGAUGCCUGGGACGGCGGUCCUCUUGGCCCCCUGAGUUGAGGCGUGGCAGGGAGUGGGGUGGGGGGCGAAGGGGCGUGGUUGAGGGAUCUUCGUGCACACCCUACUGGGGAGGGGCGCUGCCAGGUGAGGGGAUACCGUGGUGGCCGUGACUCCUAGGCCCCCUCUCCUGAAGGCUGUCGCGCCCCUUCCUCAGCGCCGACGGUCUCGCUCCCUGAACUCCGUUCACUCCUAGCCUCCGGCCGGGCCCGACUCUUCGACGCGCGCUCUCGGGAGGCGGCGGCAGCUGGGACCAUCCCAGGGGCGCUCAACAUCCCGGGUAUAGGGUGGAGAGGGGACGCCCGGUGGUGGAAUAGAGCCGUUCAGGAGGGUCUUUGCCAGUGGGACCUCAUUUAGGAUGGAAUGGGGAAGGCACUGAUUAUGGGGGUCCUGCAUUCCCGGGAGUCAGCCCUCAGCUUCCUAGGAAGGACUGAUGGGAGGCGGAUCCUGGCAUCGGAACUGGCCCAUCCAGUUUGAGAAGACAGCAGGUGGAGAGGACAGGGGCAGACCAGCUUCUCUUGACCUCCCCAAGUCUGGACACCUGAGGGAGCAUCCCGCCCCGCCUCCUCACGGCUUGGGGAGUGGCUCGCAUUCAAAAGUCGUUGGUUUCUGGUUCUUGAAAUUGGGGUGGGGGUAGGGGAUGGCUAUCAUAUGUUGUUUGGGGGCCCUCAGGACCCAGCCUUUCCAGGCCCAGCUUCUGAACCUGAGUGCCAAACUGCCGGCUUUCCCUUCUACCCUCUCCACUCCUCCAGUGUCCGAGUUGGAGAGUGCUCUGCAGAUGGCGCCAGCUGCCUUCCAGGCUUUGUACUCUGCUGAGAAGCCAAAGCUGGAAGAUGAGCAUCUCGUUUUCUUCUGUCAGAUGGGCAAGCGGGGCCUCCAGGCCAUGCAACUGGCCCGGAGUCUUGGAUACACUGGGGCUCGCAACUACGCUGGGGCCUAUAGAGAAUGGUUGGAGAAAGAGGGUUAGGCAGGAGGCGGCUUACUGAUUGCCACCUCCUGGCCCCUUAAUGGCCACCUUAACUAAGGGUGUGAAGGGGCUGACUUGGUGAGUUGGGCAACUCCUUAUAGUGUUGUGCUCACAAAAGCAUCAAAUAAAGAACAUUUAAUCAAA